AUGGAACCAAAGAAGCGAAAAAAUAAAAAGAAAAACAAAAAAGGAAAUAUGGAUGAUGAAAGAUUUGAAAUAGUUUUAAAUGAUCCACGUUUUGAUGCGCUACCGCGAAAAGAGAGAAAAGUAGUGGUGGACGAAAGAUUCAAAGACAUGUUCACAAGUGAAAAAUUUGCGUCAAAGAGUAAUGUGGACAUGCGCGGACGACGUGUCAAUUUGAGACCAAAAAAUGAUCUGAAUGUUUUGUAUGAAUUAUCAGAUGGUGAUGGUAGUUCGGAUGUUGAAUCAGAGAAUGAAAAGGAAAUUAAAAUUGAUUUAGCCCGUGGGAAUGGUAAUAUAACAUCAAGUGACGAAGAUUCAUCUUCCGAGUGGGAAUUGGAGGAAGUAGAAAAAGAGACGCACAAUUGGGGUGAAAUUGAUAGAGAUGCUCGUCGAGUUGAAUGGGCAUCUCAUCGCUUAGCUUUAUGUAAUAUGGAGUGGGAUCGAAUUUCGGCAACUGAUAUUUUUGUUAUGAUAUCCUCAUUCAAACCACCUGCACCAGCUGCUAUCCGGUCGGUGACAAUAUAUAAAUCUGAUUUUGGUCAUAAGCGUUUAGAAGAAGAAGAACAUAUGGGGCCUAAAUUAAGCAAUCUGGAAAAAUCAGUUGAGGAUACGGAAGAAAUAGAUGAAGAAACACGUGAAGCAAUGAGAGCUUAUCAGUUGGAAAGGAUGAGGUAUUAUUAUGCUAUUAUUGAAUGUGAUGGGUUGGAAACAGCCUCAUGCAUCUACGAAGCAUGUGAUGGUAUUGAAUUCGAAUGCAGCUCUAUACGUUUGGAUCUUCGCUUCGUACCUGAUGAUAUGACCUUUGAAAAUAAUGCGAUUAAGGAGCAAGUCACUGAAAAAGAUAUUAAUUUAAAUGCAUUUAAACCCAAGAUUUUUGAAAGUGCCGCUUUAUCGAAGUCGUCUGCCAAACUCACGUGGGACGAAACAGAUCCGGAGCGUAUUAAAGCAGAACAUAAUGCAUUUCUUUCAGAUGCGGAUCUUGAUCAAGUCCAACAUUUGUUGGCGCCAUGUUCAUCUGAUGAAGAGAACGAUGAAACAGGGAAAAGUAUAAUGUUACUAAAGGAAGCUGAAGCAGAAGCUUCUGAAAAAGCUGAUUCCGUGAUAGAAGUAACGUGGGAUGUGGAAACGACAGAUGAUACGAUUUUUAAUAAUAAAAAGAAAAAAUGUGGUGAGCCAACGCCCUGGGAAAAAUAUCUUGAGAAGAGGAAAGCGAAACGCAAAGCAGCGAUCAUCAUUAUUUUUAAGGAACGAAAAGCUAUGAUUGCUGAUUUGAAGAAAAAACAGAAGUCAGAAAUGGUUGAAAAUGUUGCUGAAAACAUUACUAAGCCACCUGCAAAAAAUAAAGUGAAAAAAGCUGUCAAAAUUGGCGAAUCGGACUAUAUCGAUGAUGAAAGGUUCCAAGCCUUAUAUAGCAACAGUGCUUUUGCUAUUGAUCAAUCUCAUCCUCUGUUUAAAUCAUCAAAACUCGCUAUAAAACAGGCUGAAGAGAAGCGAAAACGCAGAGCUGUCAGUAUAAUUGAAGAUAGCGUUGAAACGUUAGCGAAUAAGUUGAAAAAAAAGCAGGUGGUGCGAAGAAAUUGA